UCGAACCAUCUGUCUUGCAAAGAAAAAGCAAUCUCACCAUUUCCAAUUUCCGACAAUGUGUGGCCUUCGACUUCUGGCAGCAUGGAGGAUUGUGGGAAUGGUGAAAACAUGGCUGCCGACGUCUUGGACCCUUUCAAGGUAAAGGAGGCAUUGGAAAAUAAGUCAGAGCUGAAGGAGGUAGACACACCAAAGCCGCCGGACACACUCACCUCAUCUCAGUCUGAGAAUCAGAAUGAGAGUCCGACUGAUAAACCAAAGUAUUCUUACAUCGCACUUAUCACCAUGGCCAUAGAGAGCUCCAAGGGCAUGAUGACCCUGAGCGAGAUCUACACCUUCAUCAUGGACCGCUUCCCCUACUUCAGGACCAACCUGCAGCGCUGGCAGAACUCCGUCCGCCACAACCUCUCCCUGAACGACUGCUUCGUCAAGAUUCCGCGGUCCCCGGGAAAACCGGGCAAAGGGAACUAUUGGGCCCUGCACCCUUCCUGCCGGGAUAUGUUCAGGAACGGCAAGUUCCUGCGAAGGAACCGGCGUUUCAAGCUUGACAAGGGGAAUCCCAGACCUUACCCCUUGGGUUGCUCGUCGCAGGUGGAGUCAUAUCAUCACAACGGGAUGUACAACGCAACAACCAGCUACCGCCAGCCAUAUCCACAGUUCCCCCACCUGAACUGUUUAGGGUCCCCAAGGUUCCUUCCAGCUCAUCCCCAACAUCUGGGACAUCAGCAGUACACAAAUAUUGCUGGUACCAAAGCUUUGCAGCAGCCGGGACCGGGGUGCUUCGCUUUUGGGGCACAAUCACAUCCAACACCCCAGAUGUCAUGUAUGUAUGGGCCAUAUGGGUACCCCAGAUACCAGAAUCCCUCCCAGAGUUCUCACCCACUGGCAGUGCCGGAGGUGGCCUCCCGUUCGCCUCCAGGGUACAGCAGCGUGCAGCAGAUACCAUACUCCUACGACCCUCACAUGCAGAGAUUUCACUUAAAACAAAUUAAUCCGCAAGUGCAGUCUACUCCCGUUGUCUCUCAUCAGUAA